GUAUCUUUUAAGUUUUAUGGGUAUCCGACUCUGCUGUCGCUUCCUCUGAACUUGGGAGGAAGCGACCCGCCAUGUCCACAGUGCUUGGGCGACUCCAUGGCGUCUUCACCAGACGCCCCAGGCUCCCCCGCGUGGACCUCGGCAAACAAUGCGACCUCCGGAAACUGGUCACCCAGUUCAAGCAACUCUCCGAGUCAACCGAGUUUCGUCGCAGACGGGUCCUGUACGAGAAGACCGUCCAACGCCUCGCCAAGCACCGGCAGUUCGCCUUGAUCGAAGACCUCCUCGAAGACCAGAAGCAGUACGUGGGGAGUUCCAGUGACAAAUUCGCGGUCCGUUUGAUAAGUCUUUAUGGGAAAGCGGGCAUGUUCGAGCAUGCCCAGAAGCUCUUCGACCAAUUGCCCAGCCUAAAGAGGGACCGCUCCCUGCUGCACCUGAAUGCCCUCUUGGCGGCCUCUAUUUGUUCCAAGAAGCUUGAUAAGGUCGAUGAGAUUUUCCGGCUUUUGCCGGAGAAAUUGUCACUGGAUGUGGAUGUUUGCACGUACAAUACAGUUAUUAAGGGUUAUUGCCUGAUGGGUGCUCUUGAUCCGGCUCUUUCAUUGCUUGAUGAGAUGGAGAAUAUGGGGACGGGACCUGAUUUGAUCACGUUGAAUACCCUGCUUGAGGCUUUUUAUGGAAAUGGCAGGUUCUUGGAGGGAGAGAAGUUAUGGGAUCUAAUGGUGAGCAAGGAAUUUAGCCCUAGCAUCAGGAGUUACAAUACAAGAACUCGUGGGUUACUUACGCAGAACAGAGUCGCCGAUGCCCUAAAGCUGUUUGAUGAAAUGCAUGAUAAGGGAAUCGAGGCUGAUACUUAUACCUUCAAUGCUUUCAUUGUUUGGUGUUGCCGAAACAGAGAUUCAAUGGGGGCCAAGAACUGGUACAGCCGGCUCGUGGAGAGUGGAUGUGUUGUUGAUCGGGUAACGAUAUCUGCUCUUGUUCCUCUCCUUUGUGAAAAGGGUGAUUUUGAAUUGGCUCACAGGCUUUGUAUCAAGGCCAUGGAUAAGAAGUUAUUUCGCGGAACCGAUACUCUGCAGUAUGUUGUGGAUUUCUUGGUUCGGGAAUCGAAGGUUGAACUGGCAAAAGAGAUUGUGGAACAUGGCAAGGCGAGGAAAAAACCUCAGGAUCUAGAAUUGCCUCAGGCAGAGUAAUGCCUAUUUUUCGCCCUUUCAAACACUCAAUUCUUGCGAUUACUACUUGCCAGAUUCAUUUCUCCGAACGGUGCUUGCUGGCGUGACCCUCAAUAUGGUGUAGCGGAUGUCACGCAUCAACAAAUGCCAGGAUAAAGUAGGGCUCGUCCAGCCUCUGGCAAAACUGAGAUCUAAGGCUUGGGAGCCACAGAUCUCAAGAUCGUUGUGUCCCCAUCUUAUCGAGUCAUGCGAGUCUGAGAAUUGAAGCCUGAACCAACCCACUUUGAAGGGGUUCGUCUCAAGUUGGCAUUUUGACGGGGUCAUGGUGAUAAGCUGCCCUUUCCUGGAUGAUCUCUCUUAAGGUCAGUCUGCAACUCUGGUGCACAUUGCACAGUAGUUUAGUGAGGAUGGUUCAACAUUAAACUCGGUGAAUUCGCAAGAUACACAUUUUGCAGCAGAGUGAGUUCGAAACAGGCUUUGUACUUCACAAAUGUAAGUUAAGAGUUAGUUCGUUUGUUAAAUUGCUUCCUCAGAAUGGUGAUGGAGACACCAUAAUGCUCAUUCGAGAAAAGGAGCACAUG